UAUUUCUGUGUUUAAUUUUAAGAACAUGGAGAUUUGGUGGCUGUACGCUAAUUAAAUCGAGUAGCAUCCAUAUGCAAAUGAACAAAUCCUUUGAAAAAAAGGACGGAAGGGGAAGUUGUAAAAUAUGUAUCUAUACAAUUUAACCUUACAAAAAGGCACUGGCAUUACACAUGCCGUGCAUGGGAACUUCUCUGGUGGAAAACAACAGGAGGUGAUUCUCUCUCGUGGGAAAUCCUUGGAAUUGGUACGCCCAGAUUCGAAUACGGGAAAAGUACACACGGUUUUGUCUGUAGAAGUUUUUGGGUGUAUACGUGCCUUGAUGUCUUUCAGACUGACGGGAGGAACUAAAGAUUACAUUGUCGUUGGCUCCGAUUCUGGACGAAUUGUUAUUCUUGAGUAUAAUCCUACCAAGAAUUCUCUAGACAAGGUGCAUCAAGAAACUUUUGGCAAAUCUGGUUGUCGGCGUAUCGUGCCAGGUCAAUAUUUUGCUAUAGAUACUAAAGGACGUGCUGUUUUGAUAGGUGCAGUGGAGAAACAGAAAUUGGCUUACAUUCUCAAUCGUGAUACGAAGACGAUCGACUACGAAGAAGCAGAUAACGAUCCUACAGAUGAUUCUACGCUGAGAUAUGCUGGCUGCUGCAAAAUGUAUUUUUGAAAAGACGUCUCAUUUUUUUCAUUUCAAACACAGUGUGUUCACGUUCAUAAAGUUUACGGGUUACGUGUACACGUAAACUAAGACAGAAUUUAUGGUUCCGAUAAAUUUAUUGUAAUAAAAUAUUUUAUGGAAAUCAUUUAUAGUUGAAUUGAACUUAAUUGAAAUAAAAAAGAAGUUAUUAAAAUA